UUCUGAGUUGUCGAUAAGGGUCAGAGGGAUGCAGCAGACACGCCCGGGGAUGCUGGCACUGCCACUCCGCUUUGCAGGACAGGGCACAUCUUAGAAGUCGCUUUAAAUUCGACCAACGACUUUUUGCGCUUUAAUUGCUGAUCAUUCGUCUUGCUUUACCGCUCAAAUUUGAAGUAGAACAAGUUUGAGGGUUUGGUGACAUCUGGUUCUACAGAGACCCACCUCCUCAGUGCGCCCCUGCUCCGCCGCCAUGCGCGCCCCGUCCCCGGCGUGGCUGUGCCUGAUGCUCGGCCUCCUGUGUCUGGAGGUCCGGUCCGGGGAAAUAACGCUCAAGAGAGCUCACCGAAACAGGUUGAGUUUAUCCAGAAUCUCAAAAUACCGACAUUCCUCCUACAUCCACACCCGCCCUGAUCUCUCUCUCAUGGACUCCAACCAGAUCCCGCAGGAAGACGCACCUGUUGUUGUCGGGAGGGGGCUGUUGCAUAAGGAUUCCUCAACAAAGUUGUCUGACCUGCCGACUGGCCGAAGCCUCGAUGUGUUCCCGGGACCGGACGUGGUGCGGCGGCGGGGGUCCCGGGGACGCCGCCACGCCAACAGCAUUGGCGGGAGGAGCCACAGCCACCUGAUGAGGGUCGGGUGUGUCCUGGGUACCUGUCAGGUGCACAACCUCAGCCAUCGGCUCUACCAAUUGAUUGGACAGAGUGGGAGAGAAGAUUCCUCCCCCAUUAACCCCCGCAGUCCUCAUAGUUACGGCUAAGAGGGCUCAUCUUGUCUUUUAUAAGCAAGUCCUAAAAAUUAGUUAGUUGUUCCCCUCCUGGAUUGGUACGCUGACAUGGCCCAAAAUAAGAGUUAAUUAUGGUUUAUUACAUAUUUAGUCUUAUCGUUACCAUUGAGACUGUAAUUACUCUUCACAAAAUGACCUGCUCACCCAAAAAGUACAAAAACAUUAGCAGUUGGUUCUACUGUUUCAAGGAUUGCUGUAAUAUUGACAAAGGUUGUUUGUCAAAGCUACGUACUAUAGAUCAAUACUGUCUAAUUUCAUGGACAUUUGUUAAGCUAUCCAGUUUCUUUUUUUAUUGAAAAGGUAGUCAUAGAGGUAUGUAUUGGAUAUUUGGGCCUUUGAUGAAGGCUGGACACAUGGUCAGUUAUUUUGCUUUUCAAUCAAACUGGUAAGCUUUAGACAUCUAAGGAUUCAUUUGAUCGAUCGUCUCAUAUUCAAAUUCC